AUUGCUGGAAUAUUGCUAAAAGCGGCGUAAAACCAUACUCACUCGCUCACUCACUCACUCACUCAUGCACGCCACCCUGCUCGCAGUCGGGAUAUCAAUCUAUCUUCGUAAAUUCCCCAUAUUCUACCAGACGACGAUAUUUACACUAGUCGAGCUCAGCCUGCAAUGACGGACUUUACCGAGGUGUGACGGAAUCGCCUCUGGGACGUCAUAAUGGCAACGCCGCCAUUGCUUUCGUAGCAACCAGAUUCACAUUUGGUCAAGUCUGAUAGCUCUGCCAAAGUGUCUUUAUCCUACUUUUACAAGCAUGAACGAGAUUCACCUUCCAGAGUUUCAUUAUCUUCAGACCGAGGGGGAACUCAUCAACCCUUCUCGUUUCUGGUUCGAACUUAUCAAUUCCCGGAUCGACAUCAAUCAUUCGUACGCCGAGAGGCUGAUCAGCUGGUGUGAAGAUUGCAAAAGCAAGCUUGACACUGUCAGUCAAGACGCCUGUUCCGAGAGUUAUGAGGUUCGUCAUCUUCUGGACUGCUACCUGAAAUCGUCCGAACAAGAGGCUAACCAUAUUCUCACCGUGUCACGUGAUCUGACCGGCCCAGACGGAUCCAUCCGAUCUCUAAAAAAAUUGACGUCUACUAACAGGAGAGGUGUGUCGUCUGAGCACAAGGACCUGAGCCGGGAACUUCUGUCCCUGACUGAGAGACACCUGGUGUGCCUCAAACAUCUCCAGGACGUGAAGGAGAACGGAAUAAUGGUCAUGGCUGCCUCUCGCAAUUAUGAACGGAGAAUAACCGUGCUGAAGGCUGUGCUGGAGAAGGUGGGGAAGAAGUCUAAGAAGUCCAUAUUGGAGAAGAAGGUCCGGACUCUGGAGUCAAAGCUGGGGAAACACAACCGGAAAGAGCUGACUCACAAGGUCCAUUACCAGCGCCUGUUGCAAGAGGAAAGUGAGCUUGUGAACAAGCUGAGAAAGACCUCUGACCAUGCAUGUCAAGAAGCAUGUGCCCUGCAGAAGAGUCAGUUGGAGUCCUUGGUCUCCAGUCUCAGAGACUUUGUUGUCAAGACGUGCUCGUCUGACAACGAUGACAGGACCAGCUUCCUAAAAAACACGAUUGAUAACAUAGCUGUCAAUGACAUCGUCAAUGCCACCUGCGAUCUGACCUCCAAGAAGUACGUCUUCCCAGAUGUUCAGGCCUGGCAUCGGAAAUUUGGCUUCUUGGAGAAAAUUCCAACCUCGUUCAUCCGAGCAUCUGAUGUGUCCAUUAGACGUGACCUGAAGAAAGGCCUGACUGAGGAGAACCGCCUGGCACAAGAAGUCAUGUCAGCCAUAGGCCAGCCAGUUCACAGUCGUAGAUGCUGGAUCUCCAAGUCUAGGACCAAGAAUGGGGAUGACGGUGACAUCAACAACAACGAGACUGUCGCUGGCACCUCCCAUGCUGCAGUGGAGGACGACGUCAAGUACACGGAGGACGUGUAUGUGCGAGUUGUCCGCCCCUUCAAGCCCACCCACCCUGAGCACCUCCAGUUGAGUCUAGGCAUGCGCAUCAAGCAAAAGUUCCCCGUGGAUGUGAGGGGCAUGUCAUUUGGGUGGUGCCGGUGUGGGCUUGUCGGCCAAAACAAACAGUAUGGCUUCUACCCUGCUGACCAUGUGAUUCUGGAGACAUAGACUAUUUGUUUCCUCUGCUUUAAACCAUAAUCCAUUUUGACUGUAUAUAUUGUAAAACUUUUUUUUAUGUAAAUACAUAUUGAUAACAGUGUA